GGUGGCUGCCUGCGCGUUUCUGGCGGGAAUUCUCUCCGGUCUGGUCGCGGUCUGAUAAUUAGGGUAGUGGUGGGGAGGGGGAGACGCCUAGCCGCUCGCAGAGCCUAGGCGUCGACUUGCGGCGUGAAGGGGAGCGGCCGGCGAGCCCUCAGUGUUGCGACCCGCCACCUCUUAGAUGUGCGUCACGGACGCGGGAAGGGGCCUACGGGUGUCUCAGACCCUGCCUGUGGGAGCACAGCCAUCCGCGGCUGUCUCCUCAGACCCUGCCUGUCUCCUCAGCCGUUUCCUGGGACCCUCCUCUAUCUGUGCACAGACCCUUCCGGGAAUUGCUCUGCACACCCCUAUCUGAGUGCACAACCCAUUCACUUUCCCUUGUCUCUCCGGACCCUUAUCUGUGGGUACACAGCCUUUUUAUGGCUCAUGCGCGGUCUUGGUGAAGCUGUGUUAAGGGUUCUUGUCUUCGAACAACAGCCGUCCUUCCAUUUUGGAGGCUUUAGCACCCACUUCCUGUGUCUGGGGGAUGAGCCUCACCACCAGAGAGGCAGGUUGGUAAUCACGAAUGUGAUCCUGAUAUUCACACCCCAAAGCCUCAUUUCUUCUCUCUUCCAUUUGGCCUUGCUGGAUUUAGGGAGCCACAGCCCUCAUCAUAGAUGCUAGUUAUCCUGGGUACCAGGCCGACAGGACCCAUUCUACAAAGUAUUGAACUAUGAUGUGAAAUGGGAGGCAUUGGUUUGCCUCUUUAUAUAUUUACUUCAUCAUUUCCUUUUUUUCCUGACGUGUGUAAUGAAUGCUGCUCACUUUACCAGCCAAUGGGAGGACUAUAACAAAUUGACUCAGACCAAUGUGAUAAAAUUUUAAACAGAAUCAUGCAUGUAGCCCUCAAACCCUUUAUUGUGCUGGUUUGAUUUUGAUGUCCCGUGUAAUUUCAUAAGAUUGUGAGCUCCUUGGGAACAGAGACUACAUUUAUUUCUUCUGGUAGCAACGCUGCACCAGAACAUGUGCUGGCUUUUUGAUAAAUGUUCAGUAACUCUUUGAUUUAUAAGAUUUCCUUUCCACCAUAUAAAAGAAAACAUAGGGUUGGGGCUUUACAAAUUUCAUGAGUUAAUUCCUCUUAGUAGGAUUUUCAAAAAUAGCAUUGGAUUUGUACUUCAAAUCUGAGCUAAGUAGCUAUCAUCUUCCUACAUGUAGAGCAAGUAGGUGACUUCUAUGUUGGUUUCUUGAUUAUAAAAAGAAAGUAUUUCUUCUGAUAAGAGAUUCAAGUAGCAUCAAUACAGUACCUUCUUUUGCCUGUAAAGUGACUUUGAAAGAAAGAUGCAAAUAUGAAUUAAUAUUCUUUGGCAGACAUCAAAGUUAAUAUGUGCAUCUUACAUAAUAAUGAUUAAACACAUGAUAGUAUUGACCUUCAUUCACUUAUUUGAUGCUUUCUGGUGGAGUCUUUGUUUUUCUCUUUGCCUGAAGAUAGGAUAUCUUAAUAAAAUCCUCAUUUGAAUUUUUCAAUUCAGCAUAAACAAAACUUCAUCCAUUCGCAUGGAUUCUUUUUUGGGAGAAUUCUGAACAAGGAGCAGUCUUACCCAUGUACUUGACAACAUUUUCUCACUUUUCUCCACAAGAUCACUCACCUUUUUCCUCUGCCAUUCUUCCCUCCACAGAUAAUUUAGUAAAGAUACCCAUAGUUUAAAAAGAAGACCUAUCCACAUUCAAAAUCUCCCUUUUGAUAACAGGUUUAUUUUACCUUAUUGAUGGAAAUGACUCUUUUUAAAUAAGACAGAAGCCUUGGCAAAUGAACAAUUGGCCAAAUGAAGCUUUAUUAACUUAAAUAAAAUCUACCUUCUAAAAUGGUCAAAGUUUCUGAUUUUCCGUGGAAAUUUUUACUUUGGACCUCGCCAAGGUUUCUUCUUUUAAAUUUUGGUUUUGAUGUCGUCAAAGAAAUGUUAGAGGGAAGUCUGCAGCUUUCCAUCUCUUUUGCACAUUUUUUUCUUGCCUAAUUGAUAAUUUUCAAAAAUUUCUGACUUAACCCAUGUGCACUUAAAUUCAGUUACAUAAUUUUUAGAAAGCAUGUUUGUUAAUGACCACCAGCUUGAUGAUUAUUUUCCAAAACUAAAAUUUAGCAUGAAUAAGAAAUAAAAUACUACUUCAAAUUGUUAAUUUUUACUACCUGUACACAUGAUAUUACCAGCAGUCAUUGUGUAGCCCUGGACGGGGGAAUCAGGAGACCAAGUUUCUAAUCCCUGCUCUGACACUAGCAAGCUUUAUGAUCUUUGAAGCUUAAGUGAAAAUGGUACAUGUUAGAAGACACCAAACAAGGAAAAAUUCUAAAACCCAAGUAUCUGAGCAAAAAUCUCGAGUUGAUUGGCGUCGGACUAAAAGAAGUAUCUCACAGUUAUUUGAUAGUGAUGAAGAGCUUGAUAGUAAUGAGGAACUUGACAGCGAUGAAAAACAUGGUAGUGGGGAAAGUAUUGACAGUGAUGAAGAGCUUGAUAUUAGCACGAAGCCUGAUAUUAAUGAACUACCAGAAAAGGAAACAGAGCUUAAAUUAAACAAAGUUGAAAGUCAGGGAAGCAACAGUAAACAUCUUACGAACACCAGCAAUAGUUCAGCAGAUGAAGAAGAAAUGAAGAAAACCGAGCAUAAUGACUUACCAGAUGAUGAAGCUCUCUCAGGUCAAGCAGAGGGUCAUCACAACAGACCCACUGGACAAAUCCUAGAGGAGGAUAUGGAAGAUGAAUGCAUCAAGCCAGGGAAAAGAAAAAGGCUGUCCUCUGUGAUGUAUGACAGUGAUGAGAGCGAUAACAGUGAUAUCCUAGUUAGAAAAGCAAGUGCUAAACACCCACGCAGGGUGGUCGAAGAUGAAUGUUCUUCAUUAGAAAUGGAACAAGAAACUCCUGAGAAAUCAGCAGCUGCUCGAAAGCGAGAAUACCGGCAGAAGCUACAGGAACUCUCGGAAAGAUCACGCCAGAGACAGAGACACAAUAGUGGUAGAAAUUUGGAGGACUCCGAAAGGGACUCUUGUUCCAGCACUGAUAAUGAGGAUGAGGACGAGGAUGAUUAUAGAUAUGAUGAAAAUGGAGAUGAUUACAUGAUUGAUGAUUUUGUAGUGGAAGAUGAAGAAGGCGAAGGCAAUGAAGAGAAUAAAAAUCAACAAGGAGAAAAUCUGACUACAUCACAACUGAAAUUAGUAAAACAGAAUUCUCUUUAUUCUUUUAGUGACCAUUAUACUCACUUUGAAAGAGUUGUGAAGGCUCUUCUGAUCAAUGCUAUUGAUGGAUCUUUUCUGGAAACUUUGUAUGAUGGCACCAGGAAGAAAUCCUAUGCACAAGAUAUGUUGACGUCUCUUCAUUAUUUGGAUAAUCGCUUUAUUCAACCUCGUCUAGAGAGUUUAUUCUCUAGAAGUCGAUGGAAAGAGCAAUAUAAGGAGCGGGUUGAAAGCUACUCUAAUUUAAGCAUCCUUUCAAAGAGCCCUGAGGACUGUGGAUGCCAGGCUUGUGGGCUGCAUCGCCACUGUAAAUUCUCAGUGCAUCUCUCGGGAAAGUGGUACAACACCAGGACAAUGGAAACAGAUGACUUCAUGUCACAUGAUAAGCAGGUGUUUAUUGUUGGCAGAAUUUGUGCCGAACGCACCAGAAUUUAUCAUAAACUAAAGCAUUUUAAAUUCAAACUGUACCAAGAUUGUUGCUCCAUUGCAAAAACAGAAGAGGUUGGAGAUGAACAGGUUAAAGAUACAGUAAAGCGAGUCUUCAGUCAUUCAAAAGAAAGUGGCUGGAUUAGAAAGGUCACCUCAACUAGCCAUGAUUUCUCUUCUGACCCUUACAGCAGUGGUGCUGAUUUCUUGAGUGUCUCAUCUGAGGGACCAGGAAAGUGUCUUUUAAACAUCCUACCUUCACCAGUCAAUAGUAGGAAACUGUUCACAUACAUAUGCCUAUGUUCUACAAACAUCUGUUGGAUUAACUAUUGAACUAUAUUUAUGCUAUGAUUUCCAAUUAUAACUUCUAAGAGAAAUAUGAUCAACUGCAGGAGUAUCUCAAUUCUGCGGAUUAUUUUCAAGAUGAGAAGUUUGAAUUAUAGCAUGCUUCCUUCAGAGAAGAUUUUAUAAAUUUCUGUAAAUGUAAAGAUCAUGAGAUUUGUUUCUCUGUGUUAUAUAUCAUUGGUUGUAUAUUCUGUGUGUGUCUUUGUGGCAAAAUAUCUUGUGUAUAUGAAAUGCCACAGUGAAGCCUAAUAACAGUUUCAUAGAUUUACAUGGAGAACAUCAGCUUUGUGGUUCAAAAAGUCCCUCAGUGUAUUUUAGUCAUGUAGUGAUGCUUUUCUCACACAUGACCAGCAGUUGAAUGUGCUAUCAUGUCAUGUCAAUUCAGUAGAAAUAGGCUGUGUUACAACAUGUUUGGACUGACUUAAAGAUGGCUCAGUCAAUAUAGCACUUGCCUUAUGAACACAAGGACCUGAGUUUAGUCUCCCAAACCAUAUUUAAAAUAAAAGCUUGACAUGAUGGAAUGUACUUGUAAUCCCCAGGCUGGGAGGCAAAGAUGAGGCAGAUACUUGAGGCUGUUGGCAAGGCAACCAGACUACUCAUCAAUGAGAGACCCUGUCUCAAAAAACAAAAAUGUGUGGUGCUUAUAAAUGACACCCAAGGCUAUCCUCUGAGCUCAACAUGUAUGCAGACACAAAUGUUCAUGUGCCCACACAUUUGUACAACCACACAUGUACCUUCACAUCCACAGUAUAUAUGCAUGUAUAUAUACUUACAUAGUUAGACUCAUAUAUAUAUUUAUAUAUAUAUAUAUAUAUAUAUGUAUAUGUAUGUAUGUAUGUAUGUAUUCUUGUACCCCUUGGCAAUAUUAAGUAAUCUUCAGUAAUAAAUGUCUAGUUAAUGUUUCCUCAAUCAGUGAGUCAUGGAAGAAGCUUCAAAACACCAUGAAUUCAAUAUCCUAACCUCAGAAUGAGACCAUAGCUUAUCUAUUCCAGGUUGAGAAAUGUUCCUUCUGCUCAAGUUUCCCUAAUAAAAAGAUGGAUUGUCCCAGAGUCUUUCAAGUCUCAUGUUUAGGAAGAACUUCUUGAUAUAUAUUUUUUAAUUCUGUAAAAUGUUCUUUCUUGUUUCUGUACAGUUUUAUCUGCACUAUAUUAAAGAUUAAGAUGUAUUAUGAUUUUUAAUCAUAACUCUCUCUGUGUGUAUGUAUACAUACACAUUAGAUAGAUAGAUAGAUAGAUAGAUAGAUAGAUAGAUAGAUAGAUAGAUAGAUAUAGAUAUAGAUAUAGAUAUAAACUCUAUCUGAAGAUCUCACGGCAAGUUUAGCUAAAAAUACUUUGAAGGCUUAUUUUUGUGCCUCCAUUACUUUGCACAUCCUAAUUUUUCCAUAAUGCAAUAAAGUAAAAUGGUUUCAGAAUCUAAA